CAGUAAUACCCCACCACUAACAGUGCUGGUCGUCACUGUUGAAGAAGCUCAGUCGGAGGAUGAAGAAACUGACGUGGGUGAGCUGGAGGCGAAACGGGUAUUCAGCUAUCUGAAUAGCAUUACGUUGUUCUUUUAUGCUGCUUUCAUCUCCGGCGCCUUUGGUGGUAUCAUGGCCUACGGCAUCAUCCAUAUGAAUGGCAAGGCCAGGCACUCUGGCUGACAGUGGAUCUUCAUCAUUGAGGGUGUGAUCACUGUGUUCGUCAGCCUCGUCUCGUACGCGUUCAUGCCCAGCUCUCCGGACUACGCGCGCUUCCUUAAUGCGGAGAAAGCUUACGUCAAGGCUGUCCUCCGAGUGGAUGGUUCUAUCGGCGCGGACGAGCAAUCUGACUCCUUCAGCUGGGCAGAAGUCGGGAAGGCGCUCGCUUCGAUGCAGGUCUUCCUCUGCGCGCUUGCCUGCUUCAUGGGGUGCAUUACGCCUUACUCGCUGGCCUACUUUACACCAUCGACCAUCCAGUCUCUUGGCUACACCGCCGCGCGUGCGCAGCUCAUGAGCAUGCCGCCGUUCUCAGUCGCCUUCGUGGUGUCCAUGAUCGGCGCGUACCUCAGCGACCGCUCCGCCGGGUUAGCGGGCCAGAAGACGGUGGCGGUGCGCAUGCCGUCGCACCCUGUUGCGCUCGCUCAUCCACGUCAACUUGUUCAAGUGUCCGCCCUCGCCGCGCUGAGUGCAAACUCUUCGGGGAAGCCGAGUCCUACACGCGCGGAGCAGGUCAUGCGCAAUCUUGAGGGGCACGUUGCGGUCGUCCUGGACGGCGGGGCGUUCGGCGUCGGGGUGGAGAGCACCGUUGUCGACGGGCUGCAUCCGGACGGCGCGGUCCGUGUGCUGCGGCCGGAUGGUGUGACGGUCGAGGACCUGGAGCGCGUCAUUCGGAAGGAGCUAGGCGGGGCGGUGCCGCGGGUUCUGGUCCAUCGAUGCGAAUAUGCUGAUGAGGCAAUCGAGAGCGCGCCGACGACAGCAGACCGGCGAACGAAACGGGGAGCACGGGGCAGGCGAGUCGGAAGGGCGAGUGGACGCAGCAACCUGCGCCCUGAACUGGGCGUUCUGCAUCACUUUACACAGCGGAUCGCGGUUUUUGUGGUAGCGCAAACCCUUGCUGCACGCUGAAAUCAGACGCAAUGCAUCGUCAUUUUGACAUCAUGCACCAAUCCGCUCACAUCUCCCGACGCAACCUGCACCGCACCUUCACAUCCUUGUCGGCCACUACAACAACGCACACUGCGUUCUUUUGGACGUCACCGGGAACUCCAGGAAAGAGACGCAAAGUCUUGGGGCCAAUCUCGGGAGCACACAUGGUACAACGAGUUCGCUCGACGACUGCGCAGCACGGGGCAGUCUGCCCACCGCCCUCCUUUGACACUAACUGCGAUGGGUCUUGUGCGCCCCCAAAUCGGACGCUCUGCCUCACCUAACGCAACACAUUGCGGGCUCUGUGGCAUCACAAACGGCGCGCCGGUCUGCUCUUUCAUCAGACACCCAUUGCACAUCUCAAACAGCAACACGCGACGCUCAACGAACGCGAUGGGGGGUGGUAUUGGGGAGAGCAGAAGGCGGAGGACACGGAUCGAGAAGGGGUGGAGCAUUCUAAGUACUUGGAUGGGAGAGCAGUUCACAG